AUGGAUAAAAUAAGAUCAUGUCUCAAAAGCAAUGAAGAUGUCAUAAGCUUUUUUGAUAAAGUAGUAUACCCAAAGUUCAUGGAAACAUAUCAGGGCGAAAUGGCACCAUGUCCUGCGAAGGUAAUACUAGAUUUUAUGGAUUAUAUCGUUCCAACAUUUUUCGGAAAGUUAGUUGGAAAUCCUAUUCAAUUCAAAGUCGAAUCAUCUGAACUCUUCGCAAGCAAAUCUGAGUUCCUCAUUUCAAGAACGAUGCCAGAUGAAAUGAGGAAAGAUUGUCUCUCCGUAUUAAGGACAGUCAUGGACUUUAGUUUUAGUGAACAAAUCGAAGAUCGAUAUGGAGUCAAUCAAGAAUUCUUGACUCGGAAAGCUAAACAAUAUUUGUGGGGUUCACGGAAGCUUUUACAGGAUCAAGCAAUCGAACAGAUUCCAGAAUUCGCAGAGCAUCUCCGCACAGGAGUGAAAUCGUAUGACUUCGAGAAUCUCGAGAUCGAAUUCUGUGAUAACUACAAAGCGACUGUCGAACCAAAAGUGAACGGCGUCGAAUUUGGAGAGAUAUUAUCAUUGAAGAAAGGAGAAGAAACAGUCGUAAGAUAUUUCAUCAAAGCUUUCUCUGGUUAUCCAAUCAAGAAUCAUCGUCAAGGAUCAAAAGAUAUUUGGUCAUCAGAGAUGAUAUCUGAUUGUGAUGAUGAUCCUUUUCCUCCUUUCCACUAUCGUCAUCCGAACUUAAGAGAUCCUUUUGUAUACAAAAUCCUCGAAAGUCUUGGUGUUGGUCCACAUGUAGAAAUCAUCAUAAAUCCAUACAUCUCAUGCGGAUUUUAUAUUGCUACACGAGAUUUAACAUAUGGAAACCAAACAUUUAUCGAACUUGGAAGUACUAAAACUCGUGCAGAUUUGGAUUGGUUCAUGAAGAAUCAACUUCUACUUUUUCCAAAUCAAUAUGGCCAUAUUAAAGAAAAUCUUACGACACUUGAUGUUAUUGAAAGAAUAUUAUGUUUAGCAGAUUUACAUAAGCAUAAUGUGGGACUUUUGUUGAUGGGAUCUGACAAAUAUCGUUUGGUAGAUUUUGUCAAUAAUGUUCCUAUUUUAAAUCCACAAAUUAUCGAUUUUAAAGUUUAUAGAAUGAAAGAAUGGCAAAGAGAGUAUCUUGGAAGACAGUUUAGAGAUGGAGAUAAUCAUGGUGAAUAUAAGGAACCAUGCAUAAUACCAAAGUUGAUCCAGUUCAGACCACACGAAGAGAAGUUCUAUAUGGGUUUCAAAGCAAUAAAAAACAUUCAAGAGAUAUUAGGAAAGUUGAUUCCAAUCGAAAAUCCACAUGAUUCUCAAGAUGUUGAUGAAAUACAACUCAAGGAGUUGUUGAAACAGAAAUUUUCAGAAAUCAAAACAUUGCUUCUUCAACGGAGAGAUGAUUUGCCUGUUCUUGGUAAUAGAACUAAUGCAGAGCUUAUUGGAUACAAGUUCAAAAUUUGUGAAGAAGAUCAAAAGAAAGAAGGAAAGUAUCGCAAAUAUGUCGAGGAUUCAUUAGAAGAUCUUGAUGAUUACUGCAAAGAUGUAAUUAUUAACUAUCACAUCCUUAAAAACUAUAUCCUUGACAAAUAUCAUGAGUAUUAUGAUGAAGAUGGAAAACUCAAGAAACAAAAUACUUAA